AUGGGUAGCAGGGGGAAAGUUACUGAUGUAGCGGAUGCCUUCGGCGUGGCUGACACAAUGUCGGUGGGUGAUCUUUUUGGGAGGAAACACAAGACAAACUCCGGCAAGGCUGCCGACCCGCCUGUGGAUGCUGGGACGAAGAAGCCAAAACAGUCUUCCGAGGAAACGACCCUUCCUACCUGUCUUGUUUCCGCCACCGCUAACGUUUCCGGCCCCAACAGCAGGCUUCGCUCACGGCCUGAGGACUACGGCGACAUGCGGGUGUACUCGGGGUCGAGCACGUCCGGGGCCGCUUCAAGCUCUCGGGUGAUUGCGAACGUCUAUCAUCGUACCGUUGGCCUGCUGCCCGGCAGGGUCGCGGCAGACUUCGCCGACGCCUGUGCCAGUUCCUUCACCGUUCCGGAGGUGGAGAGGGACCUUCUGAAAGAAUCUGAUUCGUCUCUUGCCGAGGCUGUGAGCUUUCACACCGUUAGUGAGCUGGAGACGGCGAAGAAGCAAGCCGAGGAGGCCAAGGCCGCGCGUAAGACUACCAAAGAGCAGAUUGAAAAGAUGCAUGAAGAUUUCGACGCUUACUGCCAGCGAAAGCAAGAAGAGCGAAGAAGAAUUCUAGACGAUGCUCAAAAGGUGGCCACAAUUUACAAGGAGAUGAUCCAGAGUGUCGGCGAGGAGAAGGAGCUGCCUCGCGAUGCGCCCAUCGUUGAUUUCAUGGGUUGGCUGGCUGAUGAGCUAGCCACUCUAAGCGAUCACAUGGCCAUCGGCAGGGAGUAUGUGUCCAUGAUAUCUCUCCGGGCCUUCGCUCAGGCUCUAACGGAGUGUGACUGCGACCAUGUCGGAGGGGUUGAGAUCAAGGAUCCCCUUUCUUAUUGGAAUGCUCCGGACUCCGCCCAUGAGGCCGCCAAGCGAUUCUUUGAGGGUUUCUGGCGCCCGGGCGGAAAGGACCUUGCUCUUCUUAGAGCCACCAUGACCCGCGGUAAGACUCUGGAGGAAUGUGCUGCCAUCAAGGUGAAAGUGAAGAAGUUUAUUGCUGCCCGGAAUGCUAAGGAAGGAGCGGUGGGGAGCGGUUCGGGCGGAGCGAAUGCCUCAUCUACUCCCGAUGCUGGGGCGACUGGUACACCCAGCGAGAAAGCCGCUGGCACUCCCGGCGAAGAGGCUACCGAUACUCCGAGCGAGCAAACAUGUCAGCCAAGAAGGGGUAGAAAAUUAGGAUUCGCUGUUUUAGUUUGGCAGGAGGAUGACAGUUGUAUGUACAUGUUUUUAAACUAUGUUAGUUUCGGUGCGCAGGUUCCUGAUGCGGGGCCUGUGCCACUGUUGGAUGUUUAUCCGUUAAUGAUUCGCUGCGGCGAUUUUUGUGUUGGGGGCGCUUUGUGGUUUCGGCAUCGCGAAAAAUUUCCGACUUCUAGCAUGGCUGGCUUCUUGAGGUUGCGAUUUCGUCAUAUGCUUAGGAAGGAAGCGGCCCUUAAUAGGUUUUUCUAUUUGGAUUUUGAUCUGGCCGUUUUGGAUGAACGAAGGGCCCGUCGUGAACAGUCCCAGCGAAACCGUGGAGAGGCAUCAUCAUCUGGUUUGAAGGACCCCAAAGACGAGCCAGCCGAUGAGACGACGUUGGAUUUGGACAAUGGUAGAUAUAAUUUCUUUUUUCACCCUGCUGGGGGCAACGUUUAG